AUGUCAUGCAGCUAUGAUGAAUGUGGGGAUUACCAAGUGACACCCGUGCUUAUGGCUCCUUGCGAUUCGGGACCGUGUUGCGACGCCCCGGCCGUUUGUUAUCCAUGUUUACCUCGUUGUCCCAAAGGCCAAGUCGUAUAUUGCUGCGAAAAGAAGCCACGCGGCCGUUUGCCAUGCACUGACGAUGACUGCUGCGAACAGCCAAAACAGUCGACUAGACCACAAGACCACAGACGAGAUUGCUCUCCGCACCAAUGCUGUCCGGCCUGCAAGCAUCCAUCCUGUAAACCAGUCAAAACGAAAUACGUUAUACCGUGUUAUCGCUACGAGGACGGUCGUAUAGAACAAUACAUGCCAACUAGACACGGUAGGCUCCCAGCAUCCGCAUACCGUCGAAACGGAAUGCAGGAUCAGGUAUACGGCUACCGAGGUGCCGUCAGGUACCUUUGCGCGGGGGGUGAGCACCCCUACAGACCUUGCGUUUACACCGCAGUAGAUCCCAUCCGUAAAAUAUAUCCCAGAAUCACUCAAGAGGUGUUGCCGGUGAAAAGGAAGAAAGAUAAGAAAUAG